CGGAUGUAAUGAUUUUCUACUUCCUCCGGUUCCUGUGCCCAUUCGGCAAAGAUGGCGAGCGGAGGGGUGUCCGUGGCUUCGCUGUGGACUGAAGUGAACCGCAGUGGGCAGAAUGGAGACUACACAAGAGCCCUUAAAGCGCUGACAAAAAUUUUGCAUGAAAACAGGGAGGAUGUCACAGCCCUUCAUUGUAAAAUAGUUUGCCUUAUUCAGAAUGGCAGCUUUAAGGAAGCUCUGAAUGUAAUGAACACCCAAACAAAAGUGCUUGGCAGUGAGGUUGUGUUUGAGAAGGCAUACUGUGAGUACCGACUGAACAGAGUGGAAAGUGCCCUGAAGACCAUUGAAAGUGCAACUGAGCAAACAGACAAGCUGAAGGAGCUUUACGGUCAAGUGUUGUACAGAUUGGAGCGUUACAAUGAAUGCAAAGCUGUCUACACAGAUCUGAUCAGGAACUCUCAGGAUGAAUACGAGGAGGAGAGAAAAACCAACCUGGCUGCUGUGUUGGCUGCGAUGAGUCAGUGGGAAAAGGCUUCCAAGGAAGAUCUUGGUCUUCCAGAGUUGACAUAUGAGCUUUGUUACAAUGCUGCCUGUGCUCUGAUUGGCCAAGGGCAACUGACAGAGGCUUAUAAUAAACUACAGAAAGCAGAAGAGCUUUGCAGAUUGUCACUGGCAGAUGAUUCGGAUGUAACUGAGGAGGACAUUGAGUCAGAGUUGGCCAUCAUCCACUCUCAGAUGGCCUACGUCAUGCAGUUGCAAGGUCGGACAGAUGAGGCACUGCAGCUCUACAAUCAGGUCAUUAAACUUAAGCCGUCAGAUGUGGGACUUCUCGCUGUAACUGCGAACAACAUAAUCACAAUAAAUAAGGACCAAAAUGUGUUUGACUCAAAGAAGAAAGUGAAACUCACGAAUGCUGAAGGUGUUGAAUACAAGCUGGCCAAGAAGCAGCUGCAGGCCAUUGAUUUCAACAAAGCUCUUCUGUCCAUGUACACAAACCAGGCAGACCAGUGCAGGAAACUCUCUUCCAGUCUUCAGACUCAGAACCCAGGUCAUCCACGACCGGUCCUCAUCCAGGUUGCUCAGCUUUGCAGGGAAAAGCAGCAUAGCAGAGCCAUUGAGCUGCUUCAGCAAUUCUCAGAUCAGCAUCCAGAGAGUGCCUCUGGUAUCAAACUGACAAUGGCACAGCUCUAUUUAAUACAAGGUCACGUAACAAAGGCCUGUGAUGUUCUGAGGUCCAUUAAAGAAUUCAAGCACAAACCAGGGAUGGUUUCAGCUCUGGUAACAAUGUACUCCCAUGAGGAGGACAUUGACGGGGCCAUUGAAGUUUUCAAACAAGCUAUUGAACACUAUCAUUCUGAACAGCCAGGAUCUGCUGCACACUUGGCUCUUGUACGAGAAGCUGCCAAUUUCAAACUGAAGUACGGACGGAAGAAAGAAGCCAUCAGUGAUUUGGAGCAGCUGUGGAAGCAAAACAAAAAAGAUGUUCACACACUGGCACAACUCAUCUCAGCCUAUUCUCUCGUGGACACAGAUAAAGCAAAAUCCCUCAGCAAACACCUACCUUCAGCCGACACUAUGUCUUUCAAUGUGGACGUAGACGAGCUUGAAAACUCGCAUGGAGCCACGUACGUCAGGAAAAAAGCUGCCAAAGUCACAGGAGAAAUUCUCCCUAAAGAACAAGGUGAGGGUGAUGUCAGGAAGAAGAGGAAGAAAAAGAAAGGCAAAUUACCCAAGAACUACGACCCCAAAUCAACCCCUGACCCGGAGAGGUGGCUGCCCAUGAGGGAACGUUCCUAUUACAGAGGCAAAAAGAAAGGAAAGAAGAAGGAGCAGAUUGGAAAAGGCACGCAGGGAGCGAUGGCAGGAGCCUCAGCCGAGCUGGAUGCCAGUAAAACAGCGAGUAGUCCCCCCACCUCCCCCAGACCAGGCUCUGCAACUGGAUCAUCGGCAACUGUCGGCAGCAACGUGGCCCCACCGCGGCAGCAGAAACCGGCGUCGUCUGGGGCAAGUCGCAAAAAGGCACCACAGAAGAAGAAAAAGAGUGGAAAAGGAGGCUGGUAGUCACCAGGAAACAACAUGUGAAUCAGAGGGGCUGCAAUAAUGUCACCAACGGAUCAUAAACUCUUUGUUUGAAUUUUUAUUUCAUUUUGGAGUCACAUUCAGAUUUAGUCAAAAAAAAAUUUACCCAUAUUUUUCAAGGACACUUUCACCGUACAUUUUGUUACUCUUUAGAAGCUGAUGUUUUUUUGAGUGCUACAGUUUCAAUUUGUUCUGAACGGAGAACUUUAAACUGAAAGCAAAGGAAGAAAUACAGAGAAACGGAGAGAUGUUUUUUAGACAUAAUGCAGGUUUUGCCAUAAAGGAUCAUCUGAGUCAUUCAGGACUGAUGGCUGUCAGACCAUUUUACUGCUGAAGAGUUUCAGAGAGGCUGGAGGAAAAGACCACAACAGCGUUCUACCCUCUCCCGUACAUCUAUCAUCUAAAAUUCUUCUCCUUUGAGAGUUGCAGGAGGGUGGGAGCCAGUCCCAGUUGACAAAGGGACAAAGGCAGGACAAGUCCUCAGCCUUUCUGGUCACAUUGAUGUUUCCAGUAACAUUAUUCUUGUUUGUAUGUCGUUGGACUUUUGGAAGAAACUGUAUUAUGUUUGACAAAAGAAAACUCACCGUAAUCAUUUAUAUAAUGUAAAGAAUAAGGAAACAUUUUCUCUUUGAGGCACCACAGUGGUUUGUUGCUGUCCCUGAGGGUACAGAGGUCAGAUGUUUCCUCUACAUAUUAAUGCAAGUUCUUCAUCUCUGCAGAGAGCUGAACUUCAUCAUCUUCAUCAGGCUAGUGAUCCACAUGCUCAGUUCUUCAGUCAUCGUCAGUCUUCAAGUCUUCUUCGCCAGCUGCUGCGUCUACUUUAACCUUUAACCUUUGUUGGCCUCACUGCUAGAUCACCUUUCUCGUCUUUCUCUGUAGUUCUUAAUCAUUAUAAUCUACGUGUUUAAAAUGGCUUAUUUUUAUACCAAUCAUGAUCUUCCCCCCCUUUAAAACACUUUAUUUUACAAUGGCUUCUCAUUUGUGUACAGUGUACAGCACACACAGAGCCACAGUCAAAAACCGGUACAGUUCAGGUUGAAUAUCAAGUAAAUAAGCAGUCAUUAAACUGACAAACAUUUUAAAGAAAA